AUCACCAUGAAGAAGGUCAAGAAGAAAAAGUCCGAUUCCAGGCGCCGCAGGGAUACCAUUUCACCGCAGGCUAGCUCCGACUCCUCACAGCAUCCCAGCUCGGAAACCCCACCGACAUGCCCAGAGUCCACCUCGCCACCGUCGCAGCCACAGCCCUGCCAGGAGUCCACCCCACCGCAAGUUAACCCUGAACCUCUACCGCAACCGCCUGCACCCCAGGCUCUCCCAGCUGCAGAACGCCGGGCCUCAACGCCAUGCCUGUUACCUGCAAAGGUUGAACCCAAAUCAAGCUCUCCAUCCAGGAAACCAGCAGUGCCUCUGACCUAUAUGGCUCCACGCUCCUGUUCCUGUAUGGCCUGCCCUGGCAGCUCUGCUUGCUGGCGUCGUCUGGGGCUGUGUCACAGCCGCAUCUUCGAUGUCCUCCUGCCUCGGGACUGGCAAGCCAUGCCGGGGAGAGGAUUCCCAAACCUUCUCACCUUCUACAGAAAACCUUCAAGGAAAUACUGCACUUCCCGUAACUCACGUACUUCAGGCUCUCGGGACUGUUGCUGUGUCUCUGGGGGCCCUGGGAGCUGCCUACUUCAUCGCUGAAUCCUUGUGAACUGAACCCCAGGCCCAUGGUCCGGCAGAUCCAGUGUCCAUCAAAGGAUCUCACUUGUCACCAAAAUAGAGAAAGAAAAAUAUCUUGUCUCUUUUCAUCAUUUUAUUUUAUUUUUUUAUUUUUGAGACAAGGACUUCCUAUGUAGUCCAGGAUAGCCAUAAACUCCUAAUCUUCCUAGCAGAGCCUGUAGAAUACUAGGGUUUCAGGUGUGUGCCACCAGACCCAGGUAGAAAUCUGUCUUCAGUGUGUUUUACUCAGAAAUAUAAAAGUUGGAUCCAGCACCCAGUCGUGGAGGUAAGAGCCUUGAGGAUAUUUCAGUCUGAGUAGGAACCUACCAUUCCUGGCUUGGCCUCUCACCAGGGAGAACCACACUACACACAUUCAACAGGACAAUGUUUACUGCUUUCUAAAAGCAAGAACGACGGGGCUCGAUUCAAUGCCUAAUUUAACUGGUCAGCCGCAAGUCAGGCCAGUUAACAAGGGCAGGAGGGACAAGCUAGUAAAAAGCCUGUGUUCUGGGAGGCAAGGGCCCUGAACCCAGCAGGGCUAUCUCUAGAAAAAUGGCCCCUCUUGACAUUACUUGUGAUGGGGUCCUGAUCUGUUUGCACCCUGUGACUACUUCUGGUCGGUCAGUGCUGGGUGGGCUUUUUCUUCUAAUUCUUAAACUGUCAGGUAGAAUCUUAGUCUACAGUAAUCCCAGCAAAUACUCCUGAAAGAGGCAGGUAUUACAAGGAAGGGAGACAGACAGUACUGGCGACAGUGGCCUCCGCAGGCAGCUGGAGCCAGACCCUGCUGGUGCCACCUUGGAAGACGGCAGUACACACUGUCAGAAUAAUCCCACCCAAGAGAAAACUAACAGUGAGUAGCCGCUGCUACCUGCUGUUGAUGGCGGCCUACCAAGAGGGAGAUGGCUGUACUUGCAUCCUCAGGAGAGGAAUCAUAUAGACAGAGAAGAGUAGAUGGCAGAGAAAGCCAUGCCCAAGCCUUGUGGGGCAGAAAAGGGUAGGAUAAGAACCUGCUGUUCCUCUAAGAGUUGGCCAAGGGGGAAAUAUAGCCAGACUGCCCCCAGUGAGGCAGGUGACUGAUCUUCCUGGAGCAGUAGAUAGAACUGAGUGGAUAGGUCAGGCUAGUUAGUUACUGGAAGUCCCCAGAGCCUGUGAAUCUUUGUUUAAGGUGAUCCCAGCAAACACCACUAGUUGAGGGGACAAGUGAUCGGAACUGGGGUUCCCUCCCUGAGCCCAUAGAAACGUUCUCUGAGAAGUCAGGCUCUUAAAGAAUGCAGAACAAGGGACCCAGGAGGAUCAUGUUUCUGCCCUGUCCUGUGUGUGAUAUGAAGAAUCCCACAGAUCUCAGAGACCCUGUGACCACUACUUCCGCAAGGCCUGACUCCUAUGACCAAAGACAAACUCCUUUCCCUGGUAUAUUAAUAGACCCCCUUCUGUUGUAAAUGACAACUUGGCAAACCCGUGACCCUGCUUAAAUCAGCCCUCUGCCCAGCACACAGGCUUACACAGCUAAACUUGGAGCCGCUCGCCCACACAAGUAGUUCUCUCACUCUUAAGUCUUCUCAGUCUGUGUCCCAGGCCUGGCCGUGUCUUCCAGGACAGUCUCAUGUAUCCCAUAUCCCCUCUGUAGGAGGAGACCACAUUCCCUGAGGAGACCUUGAACGGAUCCCCCCUGCCUCCACCUCACAAGCACUAAAAUUGCAGGUAUACACCACCAUGCAUGGUUUAUUCAGUAAGAGGGAUCAAACCCAGGACCUCGGUCAUUUUAGACAAUCACUUUACCAACUGAGAUGCAUCUCUAGUCCCAGACUUACUUUCGAUGCCUGACCACAGACUGCGGUGGGGCUGCAAGCUGCUAGGAACCAGAUCACCUUAUAUUCCCCAUGCAUUUAUUGGUUGUCCUCACCUCCCCCUCCCUCAGUCUAUAAGACACUGCCCACAGCACCUCUGUAAUGACUGCCCAUUACCCUGUCCCUGAGGCAUUGACUGAUUUGAUGAUGCUGGCCACAGGCCUGUUCUAGAAACCAAGAUAAAUGGGUUCUUCAGUCUGGCUGCUUUUUAUUCAACACAACGGUUUAUUAUUAUUAUUAUUAUUAUUAUUAUUAUUAGUUGUUGUUGUUGAAAAAAUUUCCACCUCCUCCCCUCCCCCCAUUUCCCUCCCCCUCCUCACACUCCUCUCCCCCUCCCCCCACUGCAUUCCCCCUCCCUCUCGAGUCUGAAGAGCAGUCCGGAUUCCCUGCCCUGUGGGAAGUCCAAAGUCCUCCCCACUCCAUCCAGGUCCAGGGAAGGUGAGCAUCCAAACUGGCUAGGCUCCCACAAAGCCAGUUUAUGCAGUAGGAUCAAAACCCAGUGCCAUUGUCCUUGGCUUCUCAUCAGCCUUCAUUGUCUGCCAUGUUCAGAAAGUCCAGUUUUAUCCCAUGCUUAUUCAGUCCCAGUCCAGCUGGCCUUGGUGAGCUCCCAAUAGAUCAGCCCCACUGUCACAGUGGGUGGGUGUACCCCUCGCGGUCCUGACUUUCUUGCUCAUGUUCUCCCUCCUUCUGCUCCUCAUUUGGACCUUGGGAGCUCAGUCCGGUGCUCCAAUAUGGGUCUCUGUCUCUAUCUCCAUCCAUCGCCAGAUGAAGGUUCUAAGGUGAUAUGCAAGAUACCAGUAUGGCUAUAGGAUAGGGUCAUUUCAGGUUCCCUCUCCUCAGCAGCACAACGUUUUGAAUUUAUAUUUCAGUCCUAUAUGUAGCAAUUGUUCUCUUGAUUUCUAAGUGUGUCACAAUCUAUUUCUUCAUUCAUCUGCUACUGAUAUAAUGUCAUUUUUUCAAG